AUGCCCAAGGCCAAGAAGCAGGGGGGCAGCACGCUGUUCUCCGUCAGCCCCUGGCAGGACCGACAGGAGGACGGUUAUGCCCUGCAGCCGGCCCAGCCGGCAGCCGAGGCAGGCUACGUCGAGGUGGAGCUGCCGCUGGUGGUUGCCGCCAGCCCGCCUGCAAGCGGCGGCGGCGGCAACCGCCUUGCUGCUGCGCCUGGCCUGCCGCCGGCCGGCACUCCCGAUGCCAUGGCGUUAGACACGGCGCCGCCUGCAGCAACAGCGGCACGGCAGGCUGGGGUGCCGGGGCAGGCAACGCCGGGACCGAUUGCGCCGGCCCUGGCGGCUGCCGUCGCUUCGCAGGCGGCAGGCGGUGGCGGCGGCUGGAUCGCCAAGAAGCGCAGGGCCCAGCAGGAAGAAGAGGAGGGGGAGAUGAUAGCAGCAGCAGCAGCAGCAGCAGACUCAGACAGCGACCUGUCGGCAUGCCCGCUGGGGGGCGGAGGGGCGAGCGCUGGCUCGGAUGAGGCGGGCGGGCGGCAGCAGCAGGGGCAGGUGGAGCUGGCGGGCACCGCCUACCUGGCCCUGCUGCCCAACGGUAGCGUCACGGGCCACCUGGUGUGCGCCCCCUCGGCCUUUGCCCCCGCCCGCCGCCGCUCGUUCGGGGUGAUGGGGGAGGUGGCGGUGGCGGGCAGGGAGUGCACGCGCGAUGCAGACUGGGGUGUGCUGCGCAUGACGCUCGUCAGCUUUGCGGGCGGCGGCGGCGGCGGCGCCGCCGGCGGAGGAGAGGUGUCGUUCCUGGCUGAGCGCACAGAGGGGGAUGCCAUGCGGCUGAGGCGAGUGGCGCCUGUGCCCUGGCAGGGCAUCGAGCUGGAUGAUCUGCCCGCGCUGGAUGCCGCCUGCACCUGCGCCGCCGCCUCCGGCCUCUCCCUGCGCUUCCACUGCCAGCAGCUGCUGUCGGGGGCUGCGGCCGACGCGCUGCUGCGCAGCCUGCAGCCGUCACUGGCGGGGCGGGGUGCCAUGCUCAACGUGGGGCUCAUGCGGGUGGCGCUGCCACGCGGCGCGGCGGCCGCGCUGAUGCCGGCGGCAGAGGCGGCUGGGCGGGCGGCGGUGGGGACGGGGGCUGGCGGGCGCGGCGGGCGCGUUGAAGCGCCGAGCGGCGCGGCCCGAGGGCAGGAGCCGAUGCAGAGGCGGUACACCGGCAGGUCCAGCGGCGGCGGGCGGGCGGUACAGGACGCCGGGGACGAGUGGUAG